AUGAAUACACGUAUAUGUACACACAUACACACACACACACAGACGCGAAUCGAUCAGAGUCGGUGAUUUUCCACGAUCGGAAGCUGAAAAGCUGUAAGAGACAAAAUGCUCUUUCGUUCUCUCGACGAGACGUUUCGUCUCUCUCUCUCGCGCGCACACACACACCAACCACACGGUUCGGGCUCUAAUUUCUCUCGUCGUCCGUGCAGUUCCGCGUUCGUUUUUCUCACCACAUGCGAGCUCGCACACUCUCGUCUCCUCGACGCGCGAACGGAAACACAACGUGUCACACCGAGGGGUGAGGUCGAAAUCUGCGCCUCGGACUUUCGCGAUCGUAUCGGAAAAUAUUGUUCGCGAACGCGGACUUGCGGUUUCCCCGUAAAAAUACAAUGGUUCACGUUCCUCCGAUCCGAAGUCGUUUUUAGUUCCGCGUUCUACUGUUCUCAGCCAGCGCCACAAGGGCGCGGGCGAUGCAAAAUAUAUCUACCUUACCUGCAUACACACGUAUACAUAUACCACGUAUGUAUGUGGUAGCUCUAUUUUGCAUAAAAAAAUAGAACACACUUGCGAACGUGAACAAGUAAAAAUUUUGCGAUCGCACGAGUAUUUUAACUCAAAUAACGGAGCUUGAGUUUUUCGAUAUGUGCAAUAUCUAACGUCGGAAAAUUUCUACAGAAAGUUUAUUCGAGAAGAGAUCGAUGUUUCUAACGAGAAUAGUAAUCUAUCGAAAAAGCGAGACAUAACCUAAUUUAAUUACGCGCAAGCAGUGCGUCAAACGUUUACACGUGAAAUGUAUUGUAUUGUAAAUUAAUUUUGUUGAUGUAUAUAAAUUAUUUAUUUACACAAAAUAAAUAAUCACAUCAGUAUAUAAAAUCGUGAUAAGAAUCCUUGAGUGAUUUAAAUAAUAAUUUUGUACAUCUGUCAAACAACAUCAGUUUGUCCACAAGCUAUUAAACUCGCAUCAAAGAUGUCGGACGAGGAGGAUUAUAUGUCUGAUAAAUUUCUCCAGAGCUCUGAGAAGCAAGUUUCCUCGAGUCUGAUAUACAAACAUUCCGAAAGAAGACAAGUUACAUUAAUGAAGAGAAAAGCAGAAAUCGAGUCAAGAAUGAAGGAACAAAAUAAAUCGAUAAAAGUAGUUGAAGCCGAAAAAAGAGAAGAAGGUUUAUCAUCUGCCAUCAGUUGUGAAAAUAAAGGUUUUGAAAUGUUAAUGAAGAUGGGAUACAAACCUGGUCACGGCAUAGGCAAGACUCAAUCAGGAAUAGUUGAACCAAUUUCUGUUGAAGUAAAAGCAGACAGACAAGGUUUAGGCAAGACAGUUAAAACAAAAAAAUCACACAAUCCAAAGACUUCACAUAUGAAAUUAGACAAUAUGGACACAAGAGACUUCCGUAGCAGAUUGGCGCAAGAAAAAACUGAGCAGUUGCAAAAAAGUGAUUUACGUAAGAGUCAGAAGGUGUGUCAAGAAUUGGACACCAAGGGAAGCAUUGAGAAGCCUCAAGAAUCGUGGUUUUGGCCGCGAAACGAAGAAGAAAAGGAAGCAGCCGAUGAAGCUGACGAUGAACAACAACCGGACAAUAUCGAUGAAGACGAUGAAUCUCUCAGUGAUUUCGAGAAACUUGAAAUUCUUACUCGAUAUUUAAGAAAGACACAUUUUUAUUGUAUCUGGUGCGGGACGAGAUUCGACGACGAAGACGAUUUGAGAGACAAUUGUCCAGGAUGUACAAGAAAUGAUCAUUGAUAUACAAAUGUGUGCGACUACUUUUA